AUUUAAUUCUAUAUUUUAAAUUAACAGACACUACAUACCAUAUAAUCACAUGCGGUAAUACAAUUUUUCUAUCGACUACAAUUAGAGGCGGCUAAUUCUUAAAUUCGCAUAUAUGAUGACAUCUGAACGUAAAAAGCCUGAAAUUGAACUAUUCAUUAAGGCAUCUAACAUAGACGGGGUCCGCAACGGUGCCUGCAUAUUCUGCCACAAAUGGUUCAUGGUCCUUUACCAGAAGAGCAAAAGCAACGAGCUCGCCCUCACCGUGACCACGGUCAACAUGAAACAGUACCCUAAGGAAAUCAAAGAGCUCACCCACAGCCAGCCGCCCAUCCUUCUCAACGAGGAUCUGGCCAUGCCGGAAGAGAGGAUCCUAGAUCACCUGAGGGAGGAAUUCCCGGAUCCGGAGAUGUUCGCCAGCCGCGACAAUGUCAAAAAGAAGAUCGAAAACGUCUACUCGAAAUUCAACCAUUUCCUAGCUGCUACCAACGAAGAGAGCGAACAACGGGCCGAAAAAUCUCUCCUUUACGAACUUCAAACAAUCAACAAUCACUUGGCUCAUCAAAUGACCAAUUACCUAUGUGGCGACCAACUAUCUAUAUACGAUUGUGAACUGAUGCCCAAGCUGCAGCAUAUACGGGUAGCCGGCCGAGCCUACAAAAAGUUCGAAAUUCCUCACGCCCUGAGUUACUUGUGGACCUAUAUAGCUAACAUGUACCAACUCGACGCUUUCAAGGAGACGUGUCCAGCUGAUCAGGAUAUUAUAGCCAAUUACCGGGGCAAGGCCAAGUCUGACUUCAUAGGCAGCCCUCGGGCGCAAGAAGCCCUCGAACAACCCACGUACACCCUCGACACCCCGAACAUCCCUGGAAUAUUUCCCGGAAUUCUCCCCACCAAAACCAACGGCAUCGACAACGGCAAUCAUCACCAUCAGACUUCCAUCGAUAUCAGCAAUUACGGCACCAACAGCAGUUUGCACAGCUCUAACAGCAACGGAGAGGACGAAUAUCCCCCUUAUUGAUUACCGAUUACGAGAACGCCCAUCUGCUGACGACCGGAAAACAUCUGACCGAAAUUAACACAAAUAAAUUUUGGGGAUAAUUGGAAUAAUAUUUUUUUGCAUAUUUUAUUUUCUUCCUUAUUUUAUUUGUUUACGAUUUGGUUUUUUUGUGCUUUUCUAUAAAAAAAAAUACGAUUUACUUUAAAAAAAAAUUUUUUUUUGGGGGGGGGGCGAGGGUGACACUAUAAACACGUGACUUUUUUCAUUGGUUUUCACUCGUUUGUGCUAAAUAUUCUAAGCCUUUCCAUUUCCCUCAACAACUAGGAAUAUUGAUAUAUAUUUUUUUAAUUCGUUUUUUUUCUCUCUCUCUCAUUAUUAAUCUUAUUUAUCCUCUCAAAAAAAAAUUUAUAAGAAAUUUAAAUAAUAAAAAAUUUUCAUAUUUUCUGUUAAAAUUUUUUGAUUCUAUUUUUUCCCACUCUGAUUCCUAUCAUUUUAUCUGGCGGUAAUGAUAGGAUAGCUCACCCAACUCUAGUGUUGUUCAAAAUGCCCUUAUUUGGGUGCGGAUUUUAGCCGUAAUAAAUAUUUAUGUUAAGCAUUCGUGAAUUUGGCGAUAGAUGUAUCGGAGAAUUUCUGCCAGCUACGCGCAAAAUCGCUACUCUAGGCUUUACAUAAAUGUUAUUUUGGUUAUAAUCUUAAUCGACCCCUCUACGGGCUUUUUAACGACACUGCGACCCAACCCCAAAAAAGUUUAAUUUUAAAACUUCCCACUCCAAAAAAAGAAAUCAAAAAAUAA